CCAAACCAAACCCUCUCUCUCUCUCUAUCUCUCCAUGAAUUUCUCAAAGACUAAUAUUGAUCUUGAGAUCCUGGUCUUCAUUUUUCCAAAUUUGGAAGAUAUUACACGAUAACUAACAAGAAACAAUUCCAUAAUGCUGUCUUCCAAGCAGAACCUAUGCAUUACGUGAUUGUUGUCUGGCAAAGGGAACGAGCGAACAUCACAGAUCAAUCCAAAAUCCACCAGUCUCUCCAACAACAGCCUCGAGGAUCUUAUUUGAGAAGCCAGUCUCAAGAGUUACGAAUUAAGAUGCAGCAAGAUAAGGGUAAAGUUGAAGAGGAGCUGAGGAAUAUGAAGGAGAUAUUGACUGUAGCGAAAAGGGAAAGAGAUAGAGCGCGUGAUGAGCUUAAAGAGAUGAAAAUGGUGGCCGACGAGUCAAAUGCCAUGUUAGAAGAAGCAAUGUCUAAUGGGAAGACUGCUGAUGUAUUUACGGAACUCAAUUCAGUAAUGGAAUCAUUGUCAAAAUCAAAGCAAGAGUUGAAGAUCAAAGAAAUGACUAUCACAUCUUUGAAAGUUGAAGUUGGAAAGCUACGAGAGGUGGAGGCCAAAUUGCUAGAGAACGAUAACUCAUUGCAAAAUCUGAAAAAGGAGUUGACUAAAGUUAAAUCAACUGAGGCACAUGCUUUGGGUUUAUUAUCCCAGAGUAAGAAAAGAAUUCAAGAACUUGAGGCUGAGGCACAGAGAGGGAAAGAAGCAGAAAUGAAAUUGUUAAAUUCAUUUGCUGCUCAAACAAAGCAGCUUGAACAGACCAAGUUAUUGCUUGAAAAGUCGAAGCUUGAGAUUACCUCCCUUCACAAGAGGGUAGAGAAAUGGGAAAAACAUGAUGGGGAUAAGAUUUCAUUGCAAAGAGAACUAGAAAGUCUCAAGUCUGAACUUCAGUUGGCAAGACAGAACCGAACACAUGCACAGGAGGGCGAAAAACAUUCAGCAUCAAAGACCAAGAAUCGACUUGAGGAGACGGAGUUGCUUAAACAUGAAUUGAAGCUAGCAACUGAGGCAGAAGAGAAUAGCAAGAAGGCAAUGGAUGACUUGGUAUUAGCCCUAUCUGAAGUUGCAACAGAGGCCAGCCAAACAAGGGAAAAGCUCAUGUUUACCCAGAAAGAGCUGGAGCACUUCAAAACGGAGGCAGAAAACUUGCGGGAGAAUUUAAAUAGCAUUGAGGACAUGUAUAGGAAUCUUUUGAAUGUAGCGACGAAAGAAGCUGAUCGAUAUAGAAAAACAACUGAGAGGUUGCGAAUAGAGGCUGAUGAAUCACUUCUGGCAUGGAAUGCGAAAGAGACUGGCUUUGUUGAUUGCAUCAAGAGAGCCGAAGACGAAAAGUCCUGUGCAUUGGAAGAGAACAGUAAACUUCUUGAAUUGCUUAGAACAGCCGAAAACAUGAACAGGAUAUCUAAGCAAGAGACUCAGAAGGUGCGCGAUAUACUUAAACAGGCCCUGAAUGAAGCUAAUGUUGCGAAAGAAGCUGCAGGAAUUGCCAGGGCUGAGAAUUCCCAACUCAAAGAUGUCUUGGAUGAAAAAGACAAUGCUUUGGUUUUCAUUACUCAAGAGAACGAGAACCUUAUGAUUAAUGAAGCUGCAGCUCUCGAACAAAUCAAAGAGUUGAAGCAACUUCUCUCUGAAGCAUCAGAAAAGGAAUUUAAUGUGGAAUAUAAGGAAAACCAACAUAAGCAAAAGUCACAGAGUGCACAGGAGAAGCAGCACAAAGAUGGCAAGAAACCUGGCCAUCCAUGCAGUGGCCAUCUUAAAGAGGUAAUAACUCCCCAUAAACACAAGGAUGCAGAUGAGAACAGCAAAACUCCUGAUAAACAAAACAAUAAUAAUGAGGACGAGGGCUCUGAAAAUUCUGAUCCACUUAGGGGAUCAAUAUUUGAUGAUGAAGAAGAAGAAUCACCAACAGCAAAACCAGAGGACCAUGAUCAUCUAGAUGAUCCGGAGAACGAAAGAAACUCUAUGAGAAAACGAGCAUAUUUACGAAGAUUUGGUGAUAUUCUACUGAGGAGAGGAGGUUCUAACAGAAGGGGACAACCAGUUGGUGGUGAUGGUCACAGAAAAGAACAGUCAUUAUAGAAACAACGGUCCACCGAUCAAGUUGAAUGGGUGCGCAAGUAAUGAGAGGUGCUGGAGGAAGAGGAGGAAGCACUAGCACGAUGCAAGUUUGGUGAACAUGAGUGAGUGUUCAUGAGUCCGAAAAAUAUAGUUUUAUGAGUUGUGAGGUUGAGGGAGUGGGAGAGUUUUGAGAGAGAUUUCAGAUUAGAUUUGAGUUUAAAAAACUGGGUGUUGUUCUAGACUAAAUUUCUUCUGCUUGUUAUCAAAGAAAUGCCGUUUGAAAUUACAUUUCAACUGAUGUUUUAUGAAAAUUUAAUAUAUAUAUUUUUUAUUUUUAAA